CCCACACACACACACGCGCGCGCGCGCGCACACACACAUACACAUUCACGCGCUCCUGUAGACUUUACUGAAGCUAGGGGGGCGCUUUAACGAUUCCUGUUUGACUGUCAGUUCAAGUGCGUCGUCCAAAGAAGCCGCGAUUGUUCACGGAAAUAAACGAGGUUGUCGUUAACGUGAGAUCAUUUGAAGGCCCCCGUCCACGACCGAGCGCCGGAACCGAGCGGGACUUGUCAAGCGGAACGAUGGAGGCUUCGGACGACAGCGCAACGGCGGCGGCGGAGGCGGCAGCGGCGGCAGCAGCAGCAGCGGCGGUGGUAGCGGCGGCAGGAGCCGCGGACUCGAACGGCAGCGCCGCCGAUGCUGGAGGAACAGCCGCGCCCGGUGCAGCCACUGGAGCCGCGGGACCCAAACCCGGCCUGGAGUCGGUGAAAGGACAAAAUUUCGACGUGGGCCCGCGCUACACCGACCUCCAGUAUAUCGGGGAGGGGGCCUACGGGAUGGUCUGCUCUGCUUUUGACAACGUGAACAAGUGCCGAGUGGCCAUUAAGAAGAUCAGCCCGUUCGAGCACCAGACGUACUGCCAGCGCACGCUGAGAGAGAUCAAGAUCCUGCUGCGCUUCCGCCACGAGAACAUCAUCGGCAUCAACGACAUCCUGCGAGCGCGCCGCAUUGACUACAUGCGUGAUGUCUACAUCGUGCAGGACCUGAUGGAGACAGACCUGUACAAGUUGCUGAAGACCCAGCAGCUCAGCAACGAUCACAUCUGCUACUUUCUGUACCAGAUCCUGCGUGGGCUGAAGUACAUUCACUCUGCCAACGUUCUCCACAGAGACCUGAAGCCCUCCAACCUGCUUAUCAACACCACCUGUGACCUCAAGAUCUGUGACUUUGGGUUGGCACGGAUAGCUGACCCAGAGCAUGACCACACUGGGUUCCUCACAGAGUACGUGGCCACUCGCUGGUACCGUGCUCCAGAAAUCAUGCUCAAUUCCAAGGGCUACACAAAGUCCAUUGAUAUCUGGUCAGUGGGUUGCAUCCUGGCCGAGAUGUUGUCUAAUCGGCCCAUUUUCCCUGGAAAGCACUAUCUGGACCAACUCAAUCAUAUACUCGGUAUCCUGGGUUCUCCUUCUCAGGAAGAUCUAAACUGUAUAAUCAACAUGAAAGCCAGGAACUACUUGCAGUCUCUCCCACAGAAGGUCAAAAUUCCAUGGAGCAAGCUCUUCCCCAAGGCGGAUAGCAAAGCUCUGGAUUUGUUGGACCGUAUGUUGACCUUCAACCCCAUCAAGCGUAUAACGGUGGAAGAAGCACUGGCACACCCUUACCUGGAGCAGUACUAUGACCCCACCGAUGAGCCGGUGGCUGAAGAGCCCUUCACCUUCAACAUGGAGCUAGAUGAUCUUCCCAAAGAGAGGCUGAAGGAACUCAUUUUUGAGGAGACGGCACGAUUCCAGGCCAACUACCAAGGCUCCUGAGGGAAGCAAGCACCCAAGGAGAUGAAUCAAGCCACGCUAAGGCUAAGAACAAGAUAACUCCAAACAAGCUACAAAAGUUGUACACACACAUGGUAUCCAAAAAAAAAAGUAAAAAAAAAAAAAAAAGAAAAAAUGUACAUGGAAAACUUGAGCAUUUCUUUUCUUUAUCUCUCUCGCACCUGGAGGCUCUGUUCGGGUUUCUAACCUGCUAUGUUAACGCCAUUGAACGGGGGGGCAGCUGUAUCCACCGUGUCACUCCACGCUGCACACAGCUCCUACACUUUCACCCCUCCUGCUUCUCUUCUCACAUUUCUGCUCUUCCUUGCACUCUCUCCCUCUCUCUCAUCUCGCCACAUUUGGCCUGUUACCGGUCUGUUUGUUUAUGCCAUUAAACGGAGAAAGCGUAGCGAGGGAGAGAAAAAGCGAGCAUAUCGUUACUGUGGGCUCCGUCUGGGUGUAUACGUGUAUGUAUAUGUAAUUCUGGACGUUUUUUGCAUUCUCUCUGAGUAUUGUAUGUCCGAGAUCUGUUUGUACACUGUAAUUUGAACGUUAUGAUCCUUUGCAAAAUGUGUUUUGUAUGUGGAGAGUUUAUAUUUGAGUAUUUGUUAGAAUUUUUUUCUUUUUAAAGCAAAACGCACGUGAGAAGCCUGGUUAGUUUUCCUUGUGAGCUUUGCUGCUCUACAUUGUGAAAGCCAAUGCUGUUGAUUUACAAAAAAGGAAAAUAUACAGGAUGAAGAUGUAUAGAAAUGAAUCUUGCUUUACUUUACUGUACCACAUCCGAUUCCAUUGGUGGUGUGUUUUUUGUUUUGUUUUUUUCGGGAAACGCUCUCACCAGUGCUCUUGGAAAAUGAAGCCAUCAGUAUCAUCCAAACUUAAAUCUCAUCCCUACAUCCCUUUUUUUUUCUCCACUCUUUUGGUGCAUCUGUUUGCUCUUAAUAGGUUCAUUCUUGCUGCUACGAUCAUGCUUUCCACAUCGAAUGUUCAUUUCCUCGAUGUUCCUUAGUGAGUCGAUUUUCUGCAAGUUGUGGUGUUGCACUUACUCUCUUACAGCAGUGAUGGUCAAUGACGUCCUUUUUUUUUUUUUUUUCUUCCCCUACCUCCAACUAAGCAUAUUUUAUCUCAGAUUUUUACCGCUGAUCCCCUGCCAUCGCUUUUCCUCCAGCACCUGCAGCAUUCCUUCACAUUCGUUCUCCUCACACUCUGCCAGUUGAGGAGGCAUAGCCAAGCCGAACGCUUUCAGAGCCAUAGCACACACUCCUUCCCCCCUGGUGAUGUCACAAUUUCUUCGAAAAGGGCUUUUUUCCACGGGGCUUGCUGACCUCAACGCCUCUCUUGCCUGUGAUUGGCUGACCUUGUGAUAAUGUAGUCUGUGACUGGCUGACUUUGCAUGCACCAAAUCACAGGUAGCGUUUCCUAUUUUCCUGCUCGUUUGAAGAAGUGUUAUUGCCUCGUUCGUUUCCUGCAACUGACUUAAACGCCUGUAACAAACGCAGAUUAUAUGCUUUUUGUCCGGUCGCCGACGAGGAAAACUUGCUCUAGAGAGGGGGAACCGAGAAAGUUUUUAAACAGCGGGGUUCGUCUUUACAUAGAAGCCGAGCUCGAUUCCUACACCGAUGUUAAUGUUGUUGAUAUUUUUCUGUGUAUGGAAAGCGAAAGCGCACCCUGCAGCACGUUUCAUACAUCGGCUGAAUGACGUUCUUCAAUCUGUGCACCUGCACUUUGUGUCACACGACCAAAUGCUUUGUUUUAUUUCUUCUUGUUGUUUUUUUUUUUUUAUAUAUAUAUAUAUAUAUAUAUAUAUAUAUAUAUAUAUA